GUUCCCCAAAAUUCCAAAGGGAAGUCGUUCUCUCGCGAAACACACACACACUCAAAGAGAGCGAAGCCUCGGGCUUUCUCUCUUGUGAUGAGAGGAGAAUCCCAAAAGCAAAGUUCCUAACAAACCCUUCAGUUUCACACAUCCCCACGCCCAUCUCGUUUCACUCUCUUCCAGUUCAAUCAUAGUUUAAGAGUCUCGAUCGUCAGGUAACAAUGCACCCAGUGCUGAUAGUUCCUGGUGGAUAACAGAGAUCAUUGCAAGGAAAUGGGAGGGUGCUGCUGCUGUUCUUCCAAGGGAACUGAACUGAAUGGCACACCAGCAUACUAUUAUUGCCCAAGAGCAUCAGAAGAACAUGAACCCUUAUCAUCUCAUCAUGGAGCGGCCUCUACGCUCUCUACAGGGCUCUUAGUUGAUACAAAUCUGGGAACAUCACCUCCUGACACUUAUAGACCACCCCCUGCACCAAUUCCAUACGAUGUGGAUUUAGGACAUCCUCAAACUCCACCAGUUGCUGAAGAAAGCUGUGUUAACAAGAAUGACACUGUAGUGCAAACAACAAAUUCUGGAUCUCUUGGAGAAGCAGUUGAGGGUAAUAUGUUAGAAACUUUAGCUAAAUGUGAAGACUUAAAGCAGUCAGACUGCAAGAUGCUAGCCCAAUCUGAACUUACUUCAUCAAAAGAAACAGAAGUUGAACUUUCAAAGUCAGGUGAUCCAAUUGUUUCCUCAACAGACGAGGAGGAUGUUUGCCCCACCUGUCUUGAAGAGUAUGAUGCGGAGAAUCCAAAAAUUGUCACUAAAUGUGAGCAUCAUUUUCACCUUGCAUGCAUUCUUGAGUGGAUGGAAAGAAGUGACACCUGCCCUGUGUGUGAUAAGGAAAUGAUAUUCAACACUGCCACCAAUGCGUAGCUUUCAGUGGCUCGAGAAAAUCCAACCUCUUAACUUUUGAUAUUAAAGUUCAAGAAAAAAGGUUACUGUUGCAUGAGUUCUCACCUUUCUAGUGUUCAUUGUUCUGGGGCAGGCACAUACUCGGCUGUGUUGUCUUGGCUCUUUCCUUUGUUUCUUUUUUUUUGGUGUUUAGGGAGAUGUGGGCCUGCUUGAUGGUAAAUCUCUUUAUGAUUUUCUUUCUUUUCGACUUUCAGAAAAGGGGAAAAAAGAGAAGAAGAAAAAAGGAAAAAGGAAAAGAAAGGUAUUUGGAGGCAAAUGUUACAAAAAUUCCCAAGGUCCGUUAUCCAUUUGUUAUACGUUCAUCCUUAGUGCUUAGGUCAAUGGAGUAGCAGUGAUACAAUGACGAAUCGAUUAGGCAUUGAAGGCAGAGAGAUUCUAGCGUAAGGAAGUACAUAUUAAAUCCACCUUCUGUGCCUUUUUGGUUGCUUUGAUCUUCUUUCCUGUAUAGCAUCUUUUUUGAGUCUGGAAACUUGGAUCCUUUGAGCCAUUGCUUUUAUAAUUUUUUUUCUUCUGAAUUUGUUCUGUAAAUUGCACACAAUGACAUAGUCUUUUUGCCUUCACAUUUGUCAGCAAGAUAGUUAAACCAGGAUUGGUUGAUAAGGCAUACUGUGUGUUACUUGAUUCAUGCGUAUAUAAAUUAAUCUGGUUUCCAAAUUUAGAAA